AUGGCGCCAGAGGCUCCAGACCCGCAGAGCCUCAAGUCAUGGGCUGACGCCUUUCAGUAUCCAAUUCCCACGGUUCGCCGGGUGGAACAGGAACUGCGACGGGAUAUCGCCAGCAAUAAGGAGAAGCUCCGAGCUCUCGUGGGUACACGAUACCGAGAGCUUGUCGGAACUGCUGAGACUAUUGUGACGAUGAACAAGGAGGUCCAAGAGGUCGAGUCGAUUUUGGCCGAUGUUGGACGCCGAUGCAACCCGCGAUUGAUCGAGAAGAAACAUGUAUAUGCGCGUCAAAUGAAGAGUGAUGCAGCAGAAAAGGACACCGACAAGCAUUCAUUUGGAGCACAACUUGCUAUUCUUCACCGCUGUAUAACAUCUUUUUCGCGACUUCUCCGAAGACGAGCUUCAUUACUGCUUGUCGCUAAGAUUUUUGUCAUUUCCCGAAGGAUUCAUAAUACUCUAUCGCAGCACGAAUCGACCCCGCCAUUUCUCGACGAUCUUCGAAACCAACUUGCGUCUCUGCACCGCACUCUCAUUAAACGGAUUGAUAAACGUCUAGCCUCCACAAAUGCCACAGAGGACAGUAUCAUCGAAGCGCUGGCUGCUUACUGUCUCGCCCAGAGCCCUUCUUCUGAUGAUGCCAUUCACCAUUUUCACCAGGUGCGCCUAGACGUGAUUACCGGCCAGCUGGCUUUGUCGCGCGAAAACAUUUCGAAGGCCCUGCGGCUAUUCAUUCGUACACUACAAACAUCCAAGACCCUGCGAUCGCGUCAAUUCCCUGAUAUACUUUCAAAGCUCAAAGCUAGACCAAUUCUGUCAGAUCCAGAGAUACGCAGCUUGGAAGGGUUGGAAAUUGAAGUCCUGGGCCGAUGGGCCGCUCCAGAGGUCAUCAACUUCACACCUUGGAUCAAAAUGAGCGAACUGAGCCGAACUGAAGGUUUAGAAUCGAUCAAGGGAUGGUCUAUCCUCGCCUUUGAACGAUUCUCCCAGGGCUGUGACAAAAGCCUUGCGCAUAGCGACGACUUCUCCGAGCUUCUGUUUUUACGUGCAGAAACAAUUGAACUUUGGCUAUCAUCCUGGGGCUCAACAAUGACCCAUCGCUCUGUUAAUGUCCUGGAACGUCUGCGUAAAAUCUUUAACGACCACCUCAAACGAGUUCUGACAGCGCAGGUCCAAAGUAUCGAUGAGAUCAGAACCCAAAUUUCAUCAACUAUCUCCGGCUGGGAUAAGGCAGAGCAUAUCCCCAUUGGAUCUCUCUGGGAAGCUGAUAUGAUUGCUGCGGACUACUCGAACGGCGCAUCGACGUUCAAACACGUCAUAGCAGACCGGCUUCUCGGCCGCGAUGAUGAUGUCUCCGCGGUCCUCAAGAAUUACCAAAGCUGGCUCACAGCGAUUGAAGAAAGAAACGAAUCCAUAUCCUCUCUUCGUCAACUCAGAUGGACCGAUAUCCUCGUCGGGGGUGAAGUAGAGGACGAAGAUAUUGACAUAACGCCCCUUCUCAACGACGACGACCCGGAAGCUUUAUCUGAUGCUCUCCACUCAGCUGUCACGCAAGCAUUUGAUACGCUUCAGGAAUCAUUCACCGACGCCUUCAAUGCCUUUGGAAGCACUCACCAAAGCGCAAAAGCCACCUUCCUCCUCCGACUCAUUCGACUUGUGCGCCGAGAGAUCCCUGCUGGCUUUGUUGCACAGGACUUCCUGUUCUCUCGUGCCGUAGUUCCAGACCUACAGAAGCUUCUUGCGGCUGAGAUUGUCGCCCAAAAUGGGUCGUUAUCUCUUGUACCUUCGUCAAGAACUCUCCCCGAUUCCAAGAAGUUGAGAUCUGUCGCUGGUCGUUCCCUAUGGGAAGGGGAACCCGCCGUACCCGUACAGCCAUCUGCGAGCACUUUCAAGUUCUUGCGUCACCUGACUGCGACUAUGGACGAGAAAGGAUAUGAUCUCUGGGACCCAUCGAUCGUCAAGGUCUUGAAGGGCGAGCUGCAGAAGCACUUGGAGACUGCCAUCGGGUCUACGCUUGAUGACAUGGGAACAUGGCUUACCUCGACUAAUAUUACACCAAACCCCGAAAAGAGUGAAGCCGAAACCGAGGACGACGGCGAGGAAGGAAAGGAGAAAGAAGAGACUACGGAUCCUACGCCCGAGGACGAUGCAUCUCAGAUCAAUACACUACGAGACUGGAAGAUACAACUACUUUUCGAUACAUUCUACUUAGCAAAUAUGCUAGGUGAUCCGACCCGGCUGGCUGGCGUCAUGGAACGUGUCGAGAAGAGCGCGAAGCUAAGUACCGAAGCUAUCAGGAGCAUCCAGAAGGGCUCAGCUGAGUAUUGGAAGCGGACGGAGCUGCUCUUUGGUCUGCUGGCUGACCGGUAA